AUGAUUGUUGAGGUCGACAAACUGCAGCUUGACGCAGCUCGAGCACAUAGGGUGAACAACGAAGGAGAAGGAGACCCUUUCUACGAAGUCCUGGGGAUAGUGACACUGGAGGAUGUGAUCGAAGAAAUCAUCAAGUCAGAGAUCCUCGACGAGACUGACUUAUACACUGACAACAAAACAAAGAAGAAGAUUACUCAUCGUGAGAGAAAGCAAGAUUUCUCGGCCUUUAAGCCCACUGACAAUGAAAUGAAGGUUAAAAUAUCACCUCAACUUCUGCUUGCUACCCUGCGUUUCCUGGCAACAGAGGUCGAGCCUUUCUCAGCCGUGCAGAUGUCAGAAAAGAUCCUCCUCCGUUUGUUGAAGCACCCCAACGUCAUCCAGGAGCUAAAGUACGACGACAAGAACAAGCGCGCAGCAGAGCACUACCUCUACCACCGAAACAAACCAGUGGACCACUUCAUCCUCAUCCUGCAGGGGAAAGUGGAGGUGGAGGCAGGAAAAGAAGGCAUGAAGUUUGAAGCUGGACCUUUCUCCUUCUAUGGGAUGAUGGCUUUGAGCUCUUCUCCAGUUCCUCUGUCCCUGUCUCGCACUUUUGUUGUCAGUAGGGCUGAGUCUUUAGCUGGAUCUCCAGAAAAUAAAUCCCCCCCACGGCCCUUUGGACUGAACCACUCAGACUCUCUGAACAGGGGCGACCGGAUCGAUGCCAUCACACCGACUCUCGGCAGCAGCAACAACCAACUCAACUCUUUUCUACAAAUAUACAUCCCGGACUACUCAGUGCGAGCGCGCUCAGACCUGCAGUACGUUAAGGUUACCCGGCAGCAGUACCAGAAUGCAGUGAUGGCCUCACGGAUGGACAAAACACCACAGUCCACGGACACGAAGGACCCAUCUAGCAUCGGCCCCCGCAGUGCAAACAGCAGCUCUGCCGCUCCAACAGACUCAGCGCUGGAGGAUGUGUGGAGGAGACCUUUCUCCCCAGGGGAGAGGAGUGUGGUGAGGGGCCCUCCCGCUCACAGGGACCUGCAGAUCUGCCCCUAG